AUGGCAUCUACCGACAUUGCUACAAGGGAGCUUAAGAAUCCCAUGGACGUGGCCGAAUACCUUUUCAGGCGUCUGCAUGAGGUCGGUAUCCGUGCCGUCCACGGUGUACCUGGUGACUACAACCUCUCUGCCUUGGAUUAUCUGCCCAAGUGCGGGCUGCACUGGGUAGGUAAUUGCAAUGAGCUCAACGCAGGUUAUGCGGCCGAUGGCUAUGCUCGUGUGAAAGGAAUCAGCGCCCUCAUCACCACCUUCGGUGUAGGGGAGCUUUCGGCCAUCAAUGCCAUUGCAGGCGCAUACUCCGAAUUCGUCCCGGUCGUUCACAUCGUGGGCCAGCCGACCACCAAGUCGCAGAAGGAUGGGAUGCUACUCCACCAUACCCUCGGAAAUGGCGAUUUCAACGUGUUCACCGAGAUGAACUCGGGCAUCUCUUGCUACACUGCUCGACUCAAUGACCCCCACGACGCAGCGACUCAAAUUGACAGCGCCAUCCGCCAAUGCUGGAUCCGAAGUCGUCCGGUCUAUGUGACUCUCCCGACUGAUAUCGUCGUUGCAAAGGUCGAUGGCGAUCGUCUGAAGCAGCCGAUUGACCUAUCUCUACCUGAAAAUGACCCGGAGAAGGAGGAUUACGUUGUGGAUGUGGUUUUGAAGUAUCUUCAUGCCGCCAAAAACCCUGUUAUUCUGGUCGAUGCCUGCGCCAUUCGACACCGCGCUCUGGAGGAGGUUCGUGACUUGGUGGAGGCUUCCAAACUGCCCACAUUUGUCACACCGAUGGGCAAAGGUGCAGUGAAUGAGACAUACAAGAAUUUCGGUGGUGUAUAUGCCGGCAGCGGCUCGCAGCCCGGUGUGAGAGAUGCGGUUGAGUCCUCGGAUCUCAUUCUCAGCAUUGGUGCAAUCAAGUCGGACUUCAACACGACCGGAUUCACUUAUCGCAUCGGACAGCUGAACACCGUUGAUUUCCACAGCACGUAUGUGCGUGUGCGGUAUUCCGAGUAUCCCGACACCAACAUGAAGGGCGUUCUGCGAAAGGUUGUCCAGAAGUUGGGCAAAGUGAAUGCCGCCCCCGCACCCUCUCUCACGAAUCUUCUCCCCGAUAGUGAGAAGAACUCAACCAGCCAGACCAUUACCCAUGAUUGGCUGUGGCCUACCGUUGGGCAGUGGCUGAAGGAGAAGGACAUCAUCAUGACCGAAACAGGUACGGCCAACUUUGGUAUCUGGGACACUCGAUUCCCCGCAAAUGUGACUGCAAUCAGCCAGGUCCUCUGGGGCAGUAUUGGCUAUUCGCUCGGAUCUUGCCAGGGCGCCGCACUAGCUGCGAAGGAGCAAAACAACCGCCGCACUAUUCUCUUCAUCGGAGAUGGCAGCAUUCAAUUGACAGUCCAGGAACUAAGCACGAUUCUACGGAACAAGUUGAGUCCUAUUGUUUUUGUGAUCUGCAACGAAGGCUACACCAUCGAACGCUACAUCCACGGCUGGGAUGCGAGUUACAACGAUAUUCAAACCUGGGACUUCUACAACGUCCCUAAGGUAUUCGGUGGCCAGGAUGGAUACAAGGGCUACCGGGUGAAGACUCGGGAUGAGCUGAACAAGCUAUUUGCCGACCAGGAUUUCUGCACUUCUGAUAAGCUUCGACUUGUUGAGCUGUACAUGCCGCGAGACGACGCCCCAUCUGCUCUCAAGGUGACCGCUGAGGCUGCGGCCAAGCGCAACGAAUAG